AUGGAUGAACGGAAGACUCCCCCAGCAUAUUCUUCCGAACCCGUCGAGACAUUGACCCGACCAGCAGGAUGGAUGUACAAGGAUAAAAACAUCGGCAAAUUCUCCACGGGCUGGUAUGCCUCUCCACGCAUCCAGCUAGGCAUGGUCGCCUUUGUUUGCUUCCUCUGCCCAGGCAUGUUCAACGCCCUCAGUGGAAUGGGCGGUGGUGGCAAGUCCGAUCCCAGCUUGGCUGAUAAAAUGCACCAGAACAUCGCUUUGAACAGUACUUUCGCCGUGGUGGGUUUCUUCGCUGGAACUGUCGUCAACCGUAUCGGCGUCCGUCUGUCCCUCUCCUUCGGCGGAGUCGGUUACUGCAUUUACUCCAUUAGUCUGCUCGUCUCCGAACAUGCAUAUGUCCCCGGUUUCAACAUUUUCGCCGGCGCCUUCCUCGGUGUGUGCGCUGGUCUGCUCUGGGCCGCGCAGGGAACCAUCAUGAUGUCCUACCCAAUCGAGCAACAGAAGGGUCGUUACUUCUCCUGGUUCUGGGGUAUUUUCAACGUCGGCGCCUGUAUUGGUAGCUUGAUCCCCCUGGGCCAAAAUAUCCAUGUUAAGGAGAACAAGACCGUCGGCGAUGGAACUUACAUCGCAUUCAUCGUGCUCAUGUUCGCAGGUGCCGUCCUCGCCCUCUUCCUCUGCGACGCAGACAAAGUCAUCCGUCGCGACGGCUCCCGCGUCAUCCUCAUGAAGAACCCCUCGUGGAAAUCAGAGAUCGUCGGAUUGUGGGAUACCAUCCGCGCCGAACCAUGGAUCAUCCUCUUGUUCCCCAUGUUCUGGUCCUCGAACUGGUUCUACACAUACCAGCAGAACGCCAUCAACGGAGCUUACUUCAACACCCGCACUAAGGCGCUCAACGGAUUCCUGUACUGGUUUGCGCAGAUCGUCGCCGCCGUCAUCAUGGGUCCCCUGCUUGAUACCGAGCGCGUUCGUCGCUCCCUCCGUGCUAAGAUCGCCCUCGUCGUCCUUUUCGUCCUAACCGUCGUCAUCUGGGGUGGUGGUUAUGCUUGGCAGGUGCGAUAUACCCGUGAGAGCGUGAAUCCCAAGACCACCGGUUUCAAGGGCUGGGAUUGGACUACCAAGGGCUACGAAGGUCCCAUGUUCCUCUACUUCUUCUACGGCAUGUACGAUGCUGCUUGGCAGGGUCUUGUCUACUGGAUCAUGGGCGCUCUCGGUAACUCCGGCCGUAAGCUCGCCAAUUUGGCUGGUUUCUACAAGGGUCUGCAAUCCGCCGGCGCGGCUGUUAUGUGGUCGUUGGACGAGAGGAAGAUCCCCUUCAUGAACGAGUGGGCCUCGAACUUCGGUCUUCUGUGUGGCUCGAUCCUCAUCGCUGUUCCCGUUGUCUUCUUCAAGAUCAAGGAUACUGUUCCCGUCGAGGAGGAGCUCGAGGGUACCGGCGAGACGCUCGAGGAUGUGCUGCCCCCCGGCGCCAUUGAGUCCAAGCGUGUUGGAGAUGAUAAGAUCUAA